CAGGUUGUCGCCAGGUAAAUCCUGCUAGCAUCCUUUGAAGCUAGCAUCCAAUUUGGCAUUCCUCAGCUGAGCUCCGCCAGGGUCGCUCUUUACCACCGUGCUUUCCGUUUAAUAGAAUUCAAAGGGCGCUCAGUUAGACGUGUCCGUGUACCUCAGCAGACCGGUGCAUCAGCUGCAUUGUUGGUUAAAUGUAGCGGUGAUGGGAUUAGCAGAUAAAAUAGCGCUACUGUUGGCUGUUUUGAUUGACGAUUCCGAGUUUCCGCUGACAAACAUGAAGACAUUAACGCCGUUCGAGUGAACCCCUCCACCGAACUUUACGCCAGCUUGGAUGACCUAUGCUUCUUUUUAUUAAGUCGUCUUAUUCAUUUUUAACGUUAUUCCGCUGAAGGUACGAUGUCGCACUGGCUUGCAGACGCCUUACAUGUGACUGCUAAAACAAUGAGGCUGAGAAUGCGUAAGGCGUCUCAGCAACCGAAUCCCACUCUGGCAAGCCGCCCAUCCCGAACCAAGCGGAGGCAUUCAGAAGUAGAAGAGGACACUCCUACUACUGGAAGAGGAUUGUUCUCCACCAUCAAGAAGUUCAUCAGAGGAAAUGCUGUGAAGGUUCAGGAGGAAACCCCAGCAAAGAAGACACGCCUCCACUGUGAUGUGGACAACAACCUGAUCACCUCUACACCCACAGACCCCAACACACCCAGGAGGAAUAUAAGCAGAGUUGGCAGGAGAGGAUCCGUCAAUGGACAGGCAACCAAUCACGACAGGAGUAAAGAGAAGCCCAAUGGUAGUCUGGAGGAGACGACAGCCGUUGAGGUGACCACCAGCCCUCCCAGAACUACCCUUCUCGGGACCAUCUUCUCCCCCGUUUUCAACUUCUUCUCACCAACUAAGAAUGCCUCUUCUGGCUCGGACUCUCCAGACCAAGCUUUAGAGGCUGAGGAGAUAGUCAAGCAGCUGGACAUUGAGCAAGCUGUGGAGACGCCCACCAGCACUGCUACAUCCACGCAGGAACUGUGCGUCACCACCAACUACUACUCGAGCGUCUCACAGCUCCCACCUCUGCGACCGCCACACAUCCUCGAGGCUUCUCCCACAACUGAAGAAGGAGAGCUGGAUACGGAUGCUGACCUCCCCCCUCUCACAGCUCCAGGCACCAGUCCAGAUAUGGCACAUGUGGACACCCUUCCAGCUACAGUACCACCAGAGGCAUCCUACGAGGAAGACUGGGAAGUGUUUGACCCGUACUUCUUCAUUAAGCACGUCCCUCCACUGACAGAGGAGCAGCUCACUCGUAAGCCAGCCCUUCCCCUGAAGACGCGCAGCACACCUGAAUUCUCUCUGGUCCUAGACCUGGAUGAAACUCUGGUGCACUGCAGUUUAAAUGAGCUGGAGGACGCAGCACUUACCUUCCCUGUCCUCUUUCAGGAUGUCAUCUAUCAGGUGUAUGUGCGCCUGAGGCCAUUCUUUAGAGAGUUUCUGGAACGCAUGUCUCAAAUAUAUGAGAUCAUCCUCUUUACAGCCUCUAAAAAGGUGUAUGCAGACAAACUGCUCAACAUCUUGGAUCCUAAAAAGCAGCUUGUGAGGCACAGGUUGUUUCGUGAGCAUUGUGUCUGUGUCCAGGGAAACUACAUCAAGGAUCUCAACAUUUUGGGAAGAGAUCUCUCAAAGACCAUCAUUAUUGACAAUUCACCACAAGCCUUUGCAUAUCAGUUGUCCAAUGGGAUUCCCAUAGAGAGCUGGUUCAUGGACAAGAAUGACAAUGAGCUUUUGAAGCUGGUGCCCUUCCUUGAGAAGUUGGUUGAGAUGAAUGAGGAUGUGCGGCCGCACGUUCGGGAACGGUUCCGGCUUCACGACCUUUUACCCCCCGAUUGAAGCCAACCACAAACUGUCGAAAUGGGGACAACAUGAAAAGACUGAGAACAACACGUGCGUGUAAAAAGCCUCUCUUUGGAUUACAAACUACAACAUUGCCAUUACUUAAAAAAAAAAAAUUAGCCUUUUUUUGGUUUUGUUUUUAAAUUCACCAUUGCUUUAACAAGAAAAAAAGAGAAAACUUCAAAAGAAAACCUUUUUAAAAGAUCUGGGUGAGAUUUUCUAAAAAUCGUAAGCGCAUAGAUGAAAUUACACACACUAUGGACAAGCCCAGGUCGUCGACACUUUUUAAGCAACUCUUCAGCUGUGGAGCCAGAUAUCAGCUCCACACUAAAUUCUGAAGUCUUGGUGCUGGUUUAGUGGAUAUGAAAACACCACCUGGUAAAGAGGAACUCCACCUUGCCCGACCGCAGUCCAACCCUCUGGUGCUCACGCUGUCAGUACUGACGAUACGACACUCUGUGGCUACAGACCAUUUUUAACAGGAGUGACUGGCCUGUAAAUCAAUCUGUGCAUGUGUGUAUGUUUACUCCUAGCCACACACACUCACUGAUUCGGUGUAUGGGCAAGCCUACAAAUUGUAGCCUUGAAAAUCAUAUGCAUUCCUCUGUAGCUACGUCAACUUUCUGUUGUUGGUUGCAGUUGUUUUUUUGUUUUUUUUGUUUUCUGGUAAAACUGGUGUUUUGUUUUUUGUUUUUAAAGAUGGGGUUUAAAAGAAAAAUUCAUUUCUGUUUGUAAGAUACGAGAUUUUAAAAGGGUCAUGUAAGUUUCAUUGUUAACCAUUUCCCCAUAUAGGAGAACCUGUAAAUGACAGUCCGCUGCAUAGUCAAAUAAAAUGGAAUGAAUCCAGGACUUUAUAGCUUGUUCUCAUUCUGAGGUUUAAAUGAAUGUGUUGGCUUCACACGUGGACACAACAUGGCUCUUUGAUUUAAAUGUUAAGGAUCUUUUUACCUGUAAAUCUGACACAUUGUAAUGAUUUAAGGGCAUUCAUUCUCAAAGUGAUGUGUCACCGUUAACUCCUCGUUUUAAUAGCAGUUCGUCAUUCGUGUGUAAUCAGUAUUGUCUCCGGCUCCUGAGCAAGUAUUCUCGCUAAAACCUCGAUCGGUUUCUUUUAAUUGUCAUGUGUAACUUGAUGGCUAUAUCAGUAGCAUUAUGACUAAUGUAGCACACCUCUGCCAGUGUGUCAUAAAGUCUACCUGUGGCAGAAGUCAAUGGCCAGACCGUGUACCAGCUGUACCUGGCACCAGCAGCAUACUGUUACUGUCAGCUUCACCGUCGGCCCCUCCGCCUGUUUCACAUGUUUUUCGUAGUAUUUUUAAGCGUUUGUUCUUUGUGUUUAGCCGUUAAAAGGAUUGUUUAAGAAUGGUAACUAAAUGAAUGUGUUUUUGAUUUGUUUUUUGUUUUUUUGCCCAACUGACUUUCAAGCCAACCUGAUGUUUUACUCUGUUUUUUUUUUUGGUUUUUUUUCAGCGUAAUUUAUUGAUGAUGAGACGCACAGUAGGGUGAAGUGUUGUCCAUGUUUUGGCCACCGUACAAGCCUAAACUUGGGAGGUCACGGAAACUCGGAUGCCCGUCGCUAAUACAAGCCUGUGACGGUGUGGCAACGUUUUCUUUAGAUUUUGUUGGAAUCUUAAGUGCAUUUUAUGUUACAGCGAGCGUGCGUGUGUGUGCGUGUGUGUUGCCUGUAUAGUGCCAUACAAUACAAGUUCCUGCUCGUGGCUUUUCUCCCAUGCUCCAACCCAUAAAAUACUUCACUGGAAAGAGACAAUCAAACCUCCAAGCUUUGCUGAUGCUGAAACAUGGAGAUACCCACCCUUUGACAAUUUAUUAAUUUUUUUUCUUCUUUUUCCUUGCCGAUAGUGUGCAGUAUAUAUAUCGUGUACUGUGAUGCCAUUUGAGUCGUGCCCCCAUGUGGAAAUUGGCUAGGUUGAAUCCUGCUCUUCCCAAACAAUCCCUGCUGCUCACUUUUGCACAGGAUAUUUUCUGAAAGUAAUUUCCACCUGCUUAACGCCCUGCUGUUGUGUUUUUUGUUUGUUUUUGCCUUUCUUGCCACAAGUAAAUUGCUCUCCAGAACUUAAAAAUCAGCUUGUAUUCAAGUUACAUUGUUAAAGGCCACAACGGUGUUUGCUCAGACACAACGUUAUGAGUACACAUGUACACAGACUAUGAAUGUAACGUGUACGUGGGGUGAAGGCUCAAGUGUCUUUCUAUGAUUCCACGCUGUUUUCGGUCCCCAUUCAGAGGCAAAAGUAAUGUGCUUGGAAUAGGGGACCGGUCUCAAGAUCCCACCAUGGUAGCCCAACUCCCCAUCCACCCAAUGAUCUCUCACCAUCCUGACCAUCUUCUAUUAUGCAAGCCUCACUCUGAGUGUGGUGCGAUGCGCUCAAUCUCGUCAGUGGGCUGUGCGAUUAUGUAAAAUCGUCAGUCAUGGCUUUUAUUCUGAAGGGUCAACAGGAGGCAUUGGAUACAUUUCAUCCAACUCAUUUUUAUGUGCAUUACCAGUUUAUUGUACACUGAGUGUUGUACAAUACAUGCAGCUUCAUGUUAAAAAAAAAUCCUUAAAGUAAGGAAAAAAUCUUUUGUAUUUUUGAUUUCUAAAGGCAUGUCAUAUCUACUUUUAAAUGUAUUAAUGAAGAUUUAACUUUACAUCAGAUGGAGUUUUGUGUUUUCUUUUUUUUGUUUCUUACAAAUAUCUGUAUGUUUAGUUUAGCGCUAUGUCACUGAACUGUUAAGCUUAGCAUGUAAAGAAUACAGCUUGCUUUUGUGGGAAAGUCCUGAAUUAAAUUUAAAUCAUGGCACUUUUUCUGCCAAAAAGAUCAGUCGUGUCGAUGCCUUUUUUUUUUCUUAUUUUUUUGGUUUAAUUUUCAGUAUAUAUUAAGCCAUUUUAUUUGCAAGAAUUGCUAUUUGUGCUGAAGAUGUAUUUAAAAUGUUUUAGGAGAUCUUUGUUAUC